AUGUCCGACUCAUCUGAAUCCAUCUCCCUGCAAGUAACAGUCCACCUUAAACCCGAGGACGUGCCGAAGUUCUGGGCCGCUUUCGAACCCGCCUACAAGGCUGUCAUUGCUGAGCCCGAAUGUACUUUCUUCGAAUUAUACCAGUCGCUUGAUUCCCCAGGGACUAUCUCUUGGGUAGAGAAUUGGUCCGCGUCAAAGGAAUGGCUUAUGGGGGUCCAAUUGGUGAAGCCGUAUUAUCGUGAUUACUUCGCUGCAACGGAGCCACUAUUUAUAAAGCCUAGAGAGGCUAAGUUGUUGAAGAGAGUGGGGACACCGUUUACGAUGGUGAAAAAGACGAAUGGAGGGUUGGUAGAUUAG